AUGCCGUCGCCUAUCCCAAUUCACCGGAUUUUACCGAGAGGAUUUUCGCCUGCCGUAACUCUAAGGCCUUGCAGCAGCCCCAACCAACUCCCAGGAAAGGGUCAACAGUUCUCUUUCACAAAGCCAUAUAAGGGGUUAGUGCGACGUUCUUGGUAUACAGUAAUCUGGGAUGAACUAAAAUUACUUGAUCUUUUGGGUUCAGGAGGUUUCGGGUGGGUUUAUAGAGGCACUUAUUAUGGUCAAACUGUAGCAAUAAAGAAAGUGAGAAAAUGUACUAAGAACAAACUGGCUGCUAGGCAGAGUUUCUGGGCAGAGCUGAACGUCGCUCACCUGAUCCAUGAGAACAUUGUGAAAGUUGUAGCAGCCACUACAUCUGUCCCCACAGAUCCAGAGGUUGAGGAUAGUGUGGGCACGAUCAUCAUGGAAUAUGCCGGAGGAACAAGCCUGGACCACAGGAUUUAUAACUGUACAGACCCGCUAGAUAUGAGAGGGUGUUUAACAUUUUCUAAUGACAUCAUGAGUGGAUUGACUUUCCUCCACUCGCAUCGUAUUGUUCACCUGGACCUAAAACCAGCUAACGUCUUGAUUACAGAGGCGGGACGGUGUAAAAUUGGAGAUUUUGGAUGUUCUCUCAAACUGACGACCGGCAAUGACUUUACUCCCAAUGUCCAAUUACGGCACCUUGCUGGGACCUACACUCACCGGGCGCCCGAAUUGCUGAGGGGUUGUAGUGCUACUUUAAAGGCGGAUAUUUACUCUUUUGCGAUCACACUGUGGCAGAUGAUGAGCAGAGAUCAGCCUUAUUCCGGCGAUCGCCAAUGUGUAAUGUAUGCAGUAGUGGCUUACAACCGGCGUCCGUCUUUUUCAGCUAUUUUCAAUGAAUCCCCGAUGGGCCGGAAGAUUCGAUCAAUCAUCAACCACUGCUGGGAAGUUAAACCAAAUGAUAGACCUAGUGCAAAACAAUUAUUGGAAAGUAUUAAUUUCCUGAAAGCACAGUUAAAGCACUAA